CUUGUCGUUCUCAAAUUUCAGCUAAAUUAUUUUAAAACUAUACGACAGUUCAAAGUUUUUUCCGGUUUUCCAAUAAAUGUCUAUAUUAACAAUUUUCGAGCGUAUUUUGUGUUUUCAUUGUUUUUGGUUUUCAUUCAAUGAGCAACCAGCAAAUCACCGUGGAUUAGUAUCUCCGUCUCAAAGGAUGUAGGAAACUACACAACUCAUUACCAAGAAAUGGUUUCACAAAAACUGGAAAAGCAGGAUUACCAGCCUCUGCUAUUGUUGGACAAUCUUUGUUCUAUGUACUUGUUGCAUCAAGCUUUUCACCUUAUAGAAACUGAUAAGAUAGAAAGCAAAAAUAUACUCAUACCAGGACAUGGAUCUCACAGAGUGGUCACUCGACUUCUGGUCUCUCAUAAGUUCUUCGUCAGUCCUCUUCCUAUGGGGAGAAUCUUGAAAUCUGAGGUCAGCCUCAUCGAGAAUUGGUUUGUGUUCUCAUGCUCUGCAGGUCUGGGAGCAGCAGAGGAACCUCCUCCUGCAUCAACACAGAUAGACAAGCCAUAUCAGGAGAACAAGAUCUCAAUAUCAUCUUCUGCAUUAGUCACUCAAAGAGACUCAGUCCCGAUAAUUAACCCUACAACACCAACCACCACUCCCAUUGUAAACCCAUCAUCAUCCCCACCACCAGUCCCCUCGUCACCCACAUUUGCAAAUCCAUCACCCACAUUUGCAAAUCCAUCACCCACAUUUGCAACGCCAUCACCCACAUUUGCAACACCUACUAGCCCAGCUGCAGCCACGACUCCUACUACAUCCUCAGGUGGGGCUUGGUGUAUUGCAAGCCCGAGUGCUUCUGAGACUGCGUUGCAAGUAGCUCUGGACUAUGCUUGUGGCUACGGAGGUGCAGACUGUUCAGCAAUUCAAUCCGGAGGAAGCUGUUAUGACCCCAAUAAUGUGCGAGACCAUGCUUCCUAUGCCUUCAAUGAUUACUACCAGAAGAACCCAGCUCCCACGAGUUGUGAUUUUGGAGGAACAGCUCAACUAUCUCACACCGACCCAAGUCAUGGCAGCUGUCGUUUUGCAUCUUCCAAGACAAGCUCACCAGCUACACCUACACCAGUUACACCAACGCCAGUAACAACAACACCAAGUGUCCCUUCACCACCUUCACCAACCUUCAUGACACCAACAACAACAGAGCCCGGGGUACCUUUUGGAGUUGCAGAGCCAACAGGACUGCCCAGCUCAACCAACCACGCUACGUGUAGCUUACUGGUUCUCCUCAUCACGACUGGUCUAAUUCUUGCAGCAGAUUAUCUCUAGACAGAUGCAGAACAAGGAGAAGCCAGUGCUCGUUUUCUCGCCCAUUCAGUGUUUCUCCAAGCGAGGACUAGAAGGGAUGGGGUUUUGGCCACCUAUGGCCAGAACUGUUAAAUUUAUAUGAUAUGAUCUAUCUAGGCCUCUGGUGCACUAAUAAUCAGGAAGCACCUGGGGAAACGAUGAUCACAUAAAUCUUUAAGGUGUCUUUGUGGACACAUUAUUAUAGUUAAUUAGCUUUACAGAAUCAGCAAAAUAAGAUUUAGACAGGCUCCAGGAUAGAGUUUACUUAAGCAGUGUAUACAUUUACCACAGAUUAGCCCUCAGAAUAAUAGCAUUCAUUCAACCUUCUAGCUGA